UACAGUUCCUACAGUACAACAUGAAGCUGCUGAUACAUUUUUGCAUCGCCGGCCUGGCUGCGUCUGCAAUUCUCCCUGAUUACAACUACCCAAGUCCUGGAGAAGGACCCCAUGGGCACGAAGAGACAGUGCAUUCAUCAGGAAUAACCAUUGGCCGUGACGACUUCUCAGGACAAGGAAUUUCCACAGACACAUUUAUCGGUCACGGGUCUUCGUCGGACCUGUCUUUCGGCCAGGGAAUCACAACUUCACUAGGGUCCUCUUCCCGUGGGUCUGCGUCGGAAUCCUUCGGUGAUGUAGGAAGAGCGGCGAGCGUGGCGCCUUGCGGGGAUGACCAGGUGCGCCACGUGGAUGGCAGGUGUGUGACGCCCCGUGUGAACCGCCGCAUCUUCGUCUACGACGUUCCUGCCAACGUGCAGACGACUGGAUCCGUUAACGUUCCCGAACCGCGAGUCGAGACCAACAUUCUCUUAAUUCGCACACCCGAAGGAGGUCUUGGCCCCCAGCCCGUUGUGAUUCCUCCUCCGCGACAGAACCAUGUAGUUUACAUCCUCAACAAGCAAAGCAGUCAAGGCCAAGCGGUGAUUGAAGUACCUUCGGCUCCGCUCGGAGAGCCCGAAGUUUACUUUGUCAACUAUAAGGAAGGCGAGAAUCCAGUCCUUCCAAAUGGGCAGGACCUCCAAUCGGCUCUUUUGUCAGCGAGUCAGGGAGCCGGACAACACAUUGGCUCUGUUGACGAGCAAGUCUUCGAUGACCAUUCCAGCUCUGUUGGAAUAGGUCAUUCCAGCUCUGCGGACAUCCAGUUUAUCGGAUCAAGUCAGUCUUUCUCAACUGGAGAUCAUUCCAGCGAUAUCGACAGCCUGAUCGUUGGGUCAGAAGGUCAAGCCAUUACGGUCGGAGGUAAAGUUCACGGGUCAUUUAGUCAAAUUGGUGAAAGUUCAUUCAUUUCUGAUUCCACUCUGGAAAAUGAAGGUGAUUUCGCCGCUUCUUUAAGCAUCUACUCACUUCCUUAGACGAAAUCGAUUGGCAAGCAGAUGUUGAUCUCCAUUAAUGCAGUAUUAAUAUUAUUUUUAUUUGUACAGCUAACUAAUAACUGCUGACUAUAUAUUAACAGAGUCCCAGGCUAUCGCUUCGGUUUCAAUAUGACUUUUAUACGUCUUUUAUCAAGAUGAUUUUCUAACACUCCUUCUUCGGGUGCAUUAACUCUUAUGAAAUAUUAAAACACAGUUUUCUCAAAUAGUUAUAUGCAUGAACACAAAUGUAAGUGGAUGCAUGAGACAAGCCCGUUAUGAAUAAAUAAUAAAUGUCAAGCAAGAUUUAUCUAUCGAUAUAUCUUCCAACAACCUUUAAUUUUUUUACGCAUCAGGCAAGAUUUAUGAAUAUACAAGUCUAUGAAUACCUUCUGAAUACAUGAUCAGAUAAGCUUUACGAAAUGCCAGUGGUUAUAUAUGACAAGCUUGAGU